AUGUCUUCAUGGUUAUUAGAGUCCCUUAGAACACUUAUCGACGAUCUGAAUACUGGGAACUCUGGUGUAACUACGCUGGAAGCUGCUGAUAGUUACAAGAGGAGGAUAGAGUUGAUGUAUAGAGAAUUGUUGGCUACAGAGAUUGUUGAUGGAUCUUUGAGUCAAACAGAAACGGAAGCCCUGGGCUAUGUAGCACAAGCUUAUAAGGAAAUGAGCAAUUUGGUGGAUAUGCUGGUGGCACGACCAGUUGCGAGCAGAUUUUGUACACCUACCUUAGCUUCUGGAGAAGUGGGAAGGCCUUCAUUUCAGAUUCCCUGUGAUCAGCUCAGAUACCUUAUUGAUCACCGUUUCUCUGUACCUCAAAUUUCCCAGCUAUUAGGUGUGUCAAUUCGUACCGUUCGACGUAGAAUGUCUGAGAACAAUAUGUCCAUUCGAUCAACUUAUUCACAGCUCAGUGAUAAUCAACUGGAAGAGGUCAUAGCUGACAUCCAGCGCCUAUUUCCUAACUGUGGAAAUCGACAAAUGUAUGGCCAUCUCAUUUCUCGUGGUAUUCGGGUUCAAUAUCACCGGGUACAAGAGGCACAGUCUCGAGUUGACCCAGAAGGUAGUGUGUUAAGGAGGCUCCAGAUUAUCAGGAGGCGAUGUUACUCCGUACCUGGUCCUCAACACCUAUGGCAUAUUGACGGACACCACAAGCUGAUCCGGUGGAAGCUAGUAACCCAUGGUGGGAUAGAUGGUUACAGUCGUUUGAUAGUGUUCUUAAAGUGUUCCAGUAACAACAGAGCCGACACUGUUAUGCAAGCUUUUUCCGAAGCUGUCCGCUAUUAUGGCAAUCCAAGUCGUGUGAGGGCUGACCGAGAUGAUCCACUACACCUGUUUUCACUGCACUAUGUGUAUGUGCCUCGCAUCAAUGAAAGCCUAAAACAGUUCGAAAGUGCAUGGAAUAAUCACCCAUUGUCAUCAGUGCGUAAUCUGAGCCCAAAUCAACUUUGGUUGACUGGCACGCAUCCAGAUUUCUGUGAUGAUGAGGUAUCAUCACUCGAUCAGUUUGGGUUGGAUUGGAAUGGGCCACUCACUUCUGACAAUGAUGGUGUUGUAUGCGUGGAUCCACCAGACGUACCUCUUACCAGUGACGAUUAUGAACAGCUGUGUAUACAAAUUGAUCCUGUUCAGCUAAGUUCUGAGUAUGGGUUAGAUGUGUAUGCAAGAACAAUUCAAUAUGUGUACAGCCAUAUUAGUUAGAGAUAGAUAUUAAUU